UGGAGAAUGCUGUGACGUGCAGUCGAUUUCGAAGAAUAUUUCGCGUCGGCCAACGAACGAACCGCGGUGUAGUUGUGUAUAAGAAGCGUACAGUGAGUGUUGUGUUAUAUACCCCGCAUAACCUUAAGCCGCGCAUACCGUCGCUUGCCACAUUAACCCGUUCUCCCGCCGUUGCUGUUUCGUAUUGUAGCGCUUUUUGUUAUUACUACUGCGCUGCUUGGGCUGUACCAAAUCCGGGAAGAGGGAAAGAAGUGCGAAGAAUAAGAAACUGAGACUGUUUCCAGUUCUUGAGUGCAUAUUGUGUGUGAAAUCAUGUUUCUGUUUCUUACUGAGCUGUGCCAGAAUCCGGCCGAAGAUAAUGUUGGGGGAGGGCUUUUGAAGUUAUUUUCAUGUUCUGAAUGCAGAUCGAAAUUUUUCGUGGUGCUUUCAAAAGUGUCGAAGUAAACGAAGAAUUGUCUCAGGCGAACGCGUAGUGUUGAGGUGGUGGCUUGCGGAAUCUCAGUGACCUGUUGAUUUUUUUUGCUUCCAUCCUUCUGAUUGAUAGUGUGCGGAUGACAUUGUAUCGUACCGAAGAAUAGAGAUUUUAUCAGCUUCGCAGCCAGCUCAUAUAUGAAUGAGAGGAGGUUAUCGUUUUUGUCGCUGGUGAUUUUAUAUGGAAUAACCGGUGGUCAACAUAUAUUCGUGAAUCACAACAAGGAUUGCGUGCUGCUGUGUGGUGGUCUCCAAUAGCAACAACAUUCCGGCACCAUAAUUCCAGGAACUUGCAUGCAUCCCAGCACUUCAUCAAUGUCGAAAUCUGAAGUUGCACAGCUUAAUCGCCGUCGUUCGUUUUGGCUUCUCCUCUGCAUGCUGCUAUUCGCCUUCAGUUGUCUCGUGUGUACUCCAGAACCGUCAUCCGUUGUCGUUAGUGUUGGCGUUCCAUCUGAGGCUGAUACGAGAGCGAUUUUAAAAGCGAAAAGCGUUGCCAGAAAUAGACGGCAAAGUAAUAACAUGUGCACAACCCCCUAUUCGAUUGGACUAAACUUGCCGUUCGCACAAAUCUAAGCAGAACACACACACGACAGCGGGAAUAUCCCGGACUCGAAUUCACCGGUGGCUAACCUGGUUUGGCGUGUUGUCUAGCGAUGGCACUGACCGCCAACUAAGUCAUUUCGGUGAAACGCAGCGCAGCGCGGAAUUGAUCCACCAAGUCGCGAAACGCGAAACUUGAUGAGUUGACAGUGUGGUGCGCGGUUUGGAUUUCGCUGCAAAAAUUAAUCGGAAUUCAGCUACGGGAACGGGAAAGGUCGACGGUUGAAAAGGGUCGAUUACUUGAGACACAGAACAGCUCGCAGCAUUGGGUGCCAAGCCUGAAGCUCUGUGAGAGACAUCCGUUUCAUCGCGACGACCGGGAUGGUUGGGUGUUCAUUCGCGCCGCCAGAGCCGGAAGUGAGCAUUUUACCUCCACUUUGUUCCUGGCUGAUGUUGUUGUAGCUAGUGUUUGUUGCUGCUAGCAUAUUCGAGACUGUGUCUGCGAGUAAUUGUUGUUUGUGCUGUUUGUGCUAUUUCCAGUUCUUUUCCAUAAUUGAGUGUAUACGAGAACGACAGGCCAACAAGGGAGAAGCAUCGUGAUUCGUUUUAUUUUCUCUUUCCAUUUAUGUGCCCCGAAGCCUGAGUGUGUGAUAUAUUGUGCUGUGUAGCAUAGAAAUUCAAUUCGACCAGAACGAUCGGAAGUGAUAUAUCCCCCCGCCUUCCUCAGGUGUGUGUUGAUUGUGCAGUGCUGCCUUUUUUGGGUGGAAGAGUUAGUAGUGUGCGCGGCAUAAAAUUCGAUGAAAUGAAGGAAGAAGUGUGUUAAUUCUCCGAACGCGGAAAUAAUGAAGUAAAACACACAGCUAAGCGCUAUGAGUGAGCCGAUUCCACUGUGUGUGCCUCUAUGUUUCGUGGCUAAGUUCCGUACUGUGUAAUUACGAAUUACGAAAUAACCGCCGCGCAGUAGUGACCGAAAAUGGGUUUGGCAUCGUCCAAGGCGGCCCACGGCAUAGUCGCCAGAAACGGUGGCGUUGGUGGAGGUUCCAAGUGCGACAGCGUCAUUGUCGAGACGCACCACCCGGAUAUUCAGCAGCCAUGUUCACUGUUACCGUCACCUUCGAGCGGUAUCGGCAGCAUCGACACCUGGAAACCCUCCAGCUGCCACGUCCGGCAGGCCAGCAUUCGAUCCCGGAAUCUGCAGCCCAUGCCGGACAUUGGCGAGCUAGAUCGACGUUUCGCGAAAGUUCUGGCCUCAAUGGAUCUCCCGCCGGAUAAAGCGAAACUGCUGAAAAACUACGACAACGAAAAAAAGUGGGAUAUCAUUUGCGAUCAGGAAAUGGUUCACGCGAAAGAUCCCCCCGCACACUAUCUCACCAAGCUGCGGACCUAUCUGGAUCCAAAGGCCUCGCGAAGUCAUCGGAAACGAAAAAUGGUCGGUGAGUCGACCUCCACCCAGGUCUUGCGAGAUUUGGAGAUCUCCCUGCGCACAAACCACAUCGAGUGGGUGAAGGAGUUUUUGGACGACGAAAAUCAGGGCCUGGACGCUCUGAUCGACUACCUGAGCUUCCGGCUGGCGAUGAUGCGCCACGAGCAGCGAAUCCAGGAAGCGAAAUCCGAGUCCGACGAGGGCUUGAACCCGAAGGACACGACGUUGACUUCGUACGGGAGCAACGAAACGAACCACAAGCUCAGUUUGAACGGGUUCAUGAGACCCGGGUUGGGUGAUAUAAUGGACAGUCCGAGCAUCAAGCGGAGAUCGAGACACAUUGCGAAGCUCAACAUGGGAUUGACCACGGACGACAUUCACGUGUGCAUCAUGUGCAUGAGGGCGAUCAUGAACAAUAAGUAUGGUUUCAACAUGGUGAUACAGCACAGGGAGGCCAUCAACUGUAUAGCGUUGAGUUUGAUCCACAAGUCACUGAGGACGAAAGCGCUCGUGCUGGAGCUGCUGGCGGCGAUAUGUUUGGUGAAAGGUGGCCACGAAAUCAUCCUUUCGGCGUUCGAUAAUUUUAAGAAGGUGUGUUCUGAACAGCGUCGAUUCCAGACUCUAAUGGAAUACUUUAUGAACUUUGAACUGUUCAACAUCGAUUUUAUGGUGGCUUGCAUGCAAUUUGUAAAUAUUGUUGUACAUUCCGUGGAAGAUAUGAACUACAGGGUGCAUCUGCAGUAUGAAUUUACUGCGCUAGGAUUAGAUGAGUACUUGGAGAAGCUAAGGCUAACGGAGUCCGAGGAGCUUCAAGUUCAAAUUUCAGCCUACCUGGACAAUGUAUUCGAUGUGGCUGCAUUGAUGGAAGACAGCGAAACGAAGACUGCCGCCCUCGAAAGGGUCAACGAAUUGGAAGACGAACUGGGUCGUGCCUUAGACCAGGCUAGUGAAAUCGAGAGAGAAGCACUGUUCAAGAUUGGUGAGCUCGAAUCCGAGCUGAGUCAAACUCGAGCCGAACGAGACGAACUAUUUGGUAAGCAACGAAACGUGGAGGAGGAGAUAGCGAAGCUGAAAAGAGCCCUCAAACAGCAUGAACAGGAAUCAAAAAGUCGCCAGUCUAUGCUGCUGGAGUUCGAGAAUCUCACAAGAACUCUACCGAAGGGCACAUCGAUAGCCGAUGUGUCCAAUAUCUUGGCGAAGGGGGGAAAACUUUCCGAACUUAGUCCGACGAGCAAUGGAUCGGACAGGUCUCCACCACCAGUGCCACCACCCCCGGCACCACCGGCGCCGCCAGUGGCACCAACGCCACCACCUCCACCCUGUCCGCCCGCUCCUCCCUCUUUGCCGAACUUCAACAACGGCGAAGCACCCCGAGCACCUCCCAAGCCACCUUCCUUCAUUCCACCACCACCGGCUGGUCCCGGUGGAUUCAUGAACUUUGGCGGAGCUAUUCACUGCACCGACGGUGCCAUGACGAUCAAGCGCAAAGUACAAACCAAAUACAAACUGCCAACGCUGAACUGGGUGGCCCUCAAACCCAACCAGGUGCGCGGAACCAUCUUCAACGAACUGGACGACGAAAAGCUGCACAGGCAGAUCGAUUUCAUCGAUUUCGAGGAACGCUUCAAGAUCGGCAUGGGUGGGCUACAAUCGAACGGCAAGUGUGACAACAUGGACGGACUGUCGACAUUCCCCAGCAAGCGGUUCAAGAAGCCCGAGCACAUAUCGCUGCUCGAGCACACGAGAUUAAGAAAUAUAGCGAUCUCUCGCCGCAAGUUGGAAAUGCCCGCCGAGAUGGUCAUCAAGGCGAUCAACAACCUCGAUCUCAAGCAACUCUCGCUGGAGAACGUGGAACUGCUGCAGAAAAUGGUUCCCUCCGACCAGGAGCAGAAGCUCUACAAGGAGUAUGUGAUAGAGAAGAAGGAUCUGAGUCUGCUCACCGAGGAGGACAAGUUCAUGCUGCAGCUGACCAAGGUGGAACGCAUUCCAACCAAGCUGUCCAUCAUGAACUACAUCGGAAACUUCUUCGACAGCUUGCAUCUGAUAAAUCCGCAAAUCUACGCCAUCAUCUCCGCCUCGUCCUCGAUUAAGUCGUCGAAAAAAUUCCGCUCGGUGCUGGAGAUUAUUCUCGCCUUCGGUAACUACCUGAACAGCAGCAAGCGCGGCCCGGCCUAUGGAUUCAAGCUGCAAAGUUUGGACACCCUGCUGGACACCAAAUCGAACGACAAACGGAUGAGUUUGAUGCAUUACAUCGUGAGCACCGUUCGGCACAAGUUCCCGGAGCUGAUGAACUUCGACGCCGAGCUGUUCUACGUCGACAAGGCAGCCCAGGUUUCACUGGAGAUUCUCGUCUCGGACGUGAACGAACUGGAGAAGGGGAUGGAGGCGGUCCGGAAGGAGGCUGAUUUGCGCGGAAAAGGCACCCACAAUCAUGUGCUCAGGGACUUCCUGAACAAUUCGGAGGAGAAACUGAAGAAGAUUCGAGCGGAUUGCAAAACUGCGCAGGAUUCAUUCAAGGAGUGCAUCGAGUACUUCGGUGAAUCGUCGAGGAAUGCGGACGCCAACGCGUUCUUCUCGUUACUAGUCCGAUUCAUUAGAGCUUUCAAGGCAUGUGAUCAGGAGAACGAACAGCGCCGUCGGCUCGAGAUGGCCGCGCUCCAGGCUGCCAACAAGAAGGACCAGGAUGACCAUGUCGUCCUGCGCAACAACAAGAUCAACAGCCAGAAGAAACAACAGGAGGCGGUGAUCAACGAGCUGAAGACCAAGGCCAACUCGGUUCGGGAGAAGAAGCUACUCCAGCAGGACGAGGUAUACAACGGAGCGCUGGAGGACAUCCUGCUGGGGCUAAAGAACGAACCCUACCGGCGGGCGGAUGCCGUUCGGCGGAGCCAACGGAGAAGGAUCGACAGCAAUCGGCUGUCGCGAACAAUGGAGGAAAUGGAGUUUUGAACAGAACAAAACUGGAAACAUGUUGUGAUUCACUGGGAAAGAACCCGCACACGCAGAGAAGAAACAAACAAGCACACUCAAAGACUCUCUUUUUUUUGCUUGCGUAAUUAUUAAUGUUAUAUCUUUACGAUAAUUAUUUUGUACAGAAAAAAAUGAAAGAAUUCAUCAGUCAUAGGUGUAUGAAGAAAGAAAACCGUACACUCGUCUCAAGGAACGUUAUUGUUUUGUCCUUAUUUGUAAGUAGUAGUCUUUUUGUUAAUUGUAAUAAUAUUUUGCUACAUUUUAGCAAAGGGCCGUUUCUAUGUAUAUUUUGGAAUACUAUACGAUUAUGAUAACGAAUUUUACGAAUAGUAACGGACAUUUCAUAUGCACACACACAUUUUAAAUAUACAGAAAGGUAACUCAUAUUGAUACCCAACAAAA